AUGGAAAUCAAAGGAAGAAGCACUUGUUUUGCUGAAGAUGUUGUCAUUGAAACACUCUCAAGACUACCGGUGAAGUCUUUACUUCGAAUUAUGUGUGUUUCAAAGGAGUGGCAUGCUCUCAUAAAAAGCUCUUAUUUCACUGCCGUUCAUCUCCAACGCUCGGAUUCCAAUCUCCUUCUUCUCUUCAGCAAAACCACGGUUUAUGAAGAAUAUUCAAUUUACACAAUAUCAUUGCUUCGCAAUGAGUCGACACAUUUGAGCUUGGAUUUACCUUUCAUAAACUGUCCAAUCAUGCACUGGUUGGUUCCUGCGGGAUCUAGUAGUGGCUUGGUUUGUCUUAAGAUAUCGGAUCCUCUUUCGCAGUAUAUAGUUAUAUGGAACCCGGCCACAAAGCAGUUUAGGUUUCUUCCUGACAGCAGGGAUGAUCAUUAUCUACUAGGGUUUGAGUUCUUUCAUGACACUAGAGAUUACAAAGUAGUCAGCAUUCUCGAACCAAUUGACAACACAAUUCGAGCUAACGUCUUCACCAGAAGUACAAAUUCUUGGAGAGAAGUCAAAACCCACAACUGCUGUUCAUCACAUCCAGUUUAUUUCUUGGGAACGUCGUCUUCAAUCACCUUGAAUGGGGUGCUGUACUCGCCUCUGUGGAUAAAUGACCUAAGAUCCCAUGUCUUGUCAUUCAAUUUGCGCGACGAGGUCUUCCAUGCGAUACCAUUACCAGAGAGCAGUAUUGCUGGUCGAAUUGAUCUACUUUCAUGGAAAAAUUCUUUGGCAUUUCUAGGAGGUUGUGAAUAUGAACCAUCUCGUCAUUCUCGUGAGCUUUGGGUGAUGACUGAGGAGCCUAGGCCUUCUGCUGGGACUACACAAAUCACGUGGGUUAAACAGUUCAUACUUGAACCCUCAUGGUCACUGCCGAGAGGUAUAUUAGGAUGUUGGAAGGAUGAAUAUCUUUUAGAGGAUGAUAAUUCCAACCACCUGCAUUGUUACGAUCUUGCGAGCAACAAAUUGAAAAGGCUUCCACAUCAUGAUCAUACACAUGAUUACAGUUAUAAAAAAGCUAUCAACUAUGUGGAGAGCCUAGUUUCAGUAGACUGA